AUGGUUGAUUGGGCGACCAUUUUAUUGGCAACAAUUUUGGCAGCCUUCACGCCGGGCGCCGACAAAGCAACGAGAUUUAAUUUCUGCCCUGUUGCUCUACAACUUGUAUUUUUGGUCCUAACCAAUCUCGGCACCUUGCUACUUUCCACACGUCUCCUUCUCGACUUCUUCGACCACCAACACCCACUACUACCAACCGCGUCUCUGCUUCUCUCGAGCGUCCUUGCGAAUUUCCUUUUGACAUCCAUCCCGAGCGCGUUUUCCCGAUUGUCAACACAGUUCCGGCCGCAGAGGCAAACACACACAUACAAAAUGGGCGAAUCCAGACAAGAACUCAUCCAGUGGCUGAACCAGCUUCUCUCUCUCAACAUCACAAAGGUCGAGCAAUGCGGUACCGGUGCAGCUCUCUGCCAGGUGUUUGACAGCAUCUUCAUGGAUAUCCCCAUGUCUAGAGUCAAGUUCAACGUCAACAGCGAAUAUGCAUACAUUCAGAACUUCAAGGUGCUGCAGAACUGCUUCCACAAGCACCAGGUCGACAAGCCCAUCCCCGUCGAAGCGUUGGUCAAGUGCAAGAUGCAGGACAACCUCGAGUUCCUGCAAUGGACCAAGAAGUUCUGGGACCUGAACUUCCCCGAUCAGGAGUACGACGCCGUCUCCCGGCGAAAGGGCGCCCCCGUGCCCUCUGGCGGUGGUCCUGCUCCUCGUGCCGCGUCCGGUACCGGUGCGUCUGCCGCCAGACGGGGCGGUACCACACCCCUCGGCGGUGCACGCGUUCCCAAGGCGGCAGGCCCCGGCACAGCUGCCCUGCAGCAAGAGAACGCCACUCUCAAGGAGACGGUCGUCGGCCUUGAGCGCGAGCGUGACUUCUACUUCAGCAAGCUCCGCGAUAUCGAGCUCCUGGUGCAGCAGGCCGUGGAGGAGGACCCUGAGCUUGAGAAGCAGGAGGACGGCCUCGUCAAGCAGAUCCAGACUAUCCUGUACUCGACGGAGGAGGGAUUCGAGAUCCCGGCUGAGGGCGAGGCUGUCGACGACCAGGAGACCUUCUAA